CCUAUGAAGGUCUGCCUACCUACAGGAAUGCCAUCUACCAAAUCCUAGAGUUGGCAGCGGAGCGUUGUGGGAAGAAUUUCCCCCCUUUGGAGAAGAAAGGGGAAGAGGCGAAGGCCAUGCUGGAUUGGGCAUUUGGAGGCUUCCAGCCCAUGGGUCCUGAUGGAUUUUUGCCUCCUGUGGACAGCUCUACUAGUAAAACUGAGUCUGAUUCUUCGGUGUGUGAUUAUCAGCCUCCAGCCAAGAGGAAGUAUGUCAACAAGAACAGACAGUCAGCUCAGGAUUACACCAGAGAUCAAAUGGUCUAUGAGGUAACCGUUAAAGGCAGAAACAUUGAAGAUUUCUGCCUGUCCUGUGGAACUGCCAACAUUGAAAUUGUCCAUCCUCUUUUUGUGGGAAGCCUUUGUUUUAAGUGCAAGGAGAACUUUACAGAAACACUGUACAGGUAUGAUGAUGAUGGCUAUCAGUCAUACUGCACCGUGUGCUGCGCCGGACAAGAGGUCAUUCUCUGUGGAAAUGCCAGCUGCUGCAGGUGUUUCUGUAAAGACUGUUUGAAUAUGCUGGUGGGACCAGCAACGUUUGAUAAGCUGAAGGAGGUUGACCCAUGGAGCUGUUACAUUUGCCUGCCCUCUAAGUGCUACGGCGUGCUCAAGCUCAGGCCUGACUGGAGUGUUCGUGUCCAGGAGUAUUUCGCCAAUAACAGUGCCUUUGAAUUU